UCGAGACAAUGUAUGUAGUACUGUAUUAAUAAUUGUUUCGGGUCAGAAUAUUAAUAAUAAAUAUACUUAAAACAGCACCGAAGUUGGUCUGGCCACAGAAAACAAAGGAAAGAAAAGAAAGAGCUCAGCCUCAGCAGAUGAGCUUUUGUUGGAGAUGCCCUCUCUCUAUCCUCUCAAAUAUCUCCUCUUUUCUUCAUGGAUUGCCUAUGCAUCCUCACCUGAGCUGAGCAGGUUCUUUUGAUCUGGUCUGAUUUUAAUUUCCUCAAUUUCUGUUUUAUUUUCCUCAAAAUCGAGUCUUUUUCGUAAUCUGGAUCUCUGAUCAGUCUAGAUUUGUUUCAGUAUUAUGUCCCAUCCUCUUGUGUGAUUCAAAUCUUUUUAAAGGCUGGCCUGAAGGAGAAGGGAGAAAGGGUUUAUUUUUGGGGAAUAGCGUUUGCUGAUUAUGAAUGAAUGCUCUAUGAUGUGUUGAAUGAAUGAUUAUGGUGAUGAGCCUUUUGACCACUAAAAGAGAGUAAUGGAUAAAGUGAAAAGAAGGAUAGUCGAAGAGAGAGAGAGAGAGAGAGAGAGAGAGAGAGAGAUUGAGAGAGAAGAAAAAUAAAUGAUAAGCUCUUUGAAGGUAGCAGGGCUGCCGGUUGUUAAUGUCAAUGAAAGCAAGAUACUUUGAGGAAGUUGUCAUUCUUUAUUUAUCCUUUUCCACACAUGUGUUGUAAUGGUGAAUCGACGUAAUGUGCUUUCUUGAAAGGCUAUCUAGUUGAGGCUCUGGAGUUUCUUUAAUUGGGCAGCUGUUGUCUAGAGGAGAGUGAUCAAGAUGCCUAUGUUUCAGUCUUCAAAGAGAAAUGGGAUUCUGGGAUUUGAGGGCAGUGGAGAUGGGAGAAUUUUAGAUCUAGACACCGCCGUGAAAGAUGGAAUCUUGGGUGGAGUCUCAGCCGGGGGCUACGGCGGCGGUGGGUUUGGGGAGAAGUUGGAUCUGAAGAAGAUGAUCGAAGAGCUGAAUUUAACUGAAGUUCCAUCCGUGUUUAUUUGCCCUAUAUCCCUUGAACCGAUGCAAGACCCUGUCACUCUUUGCACUGGCCAAACCUACGAGAAAUCCAACAUUCUCAAAUGGUUUAGCAUGGGCCACUUCACAUGUCCCACCACCAUGCAAGAACUUUGGGACGACGCAAUCACGCCGAACAUCACGCUGUACCAGUUGAUCUAUACCUGGUUUUCUCAGAAGUACGUUCAAAUGAAGAAGAAAUCAGAGGAUGCACAGGGUAGGGCGUCGGAGCUUCUUAGCACCCUUAAAAAGGUUAAGGGUCAGGCUAGGGUUCAAACCCUCAAGGAGCUCUGUCAAGUUGUGGGAAACCACUCUACUGCGAGGAAGGCCAUUGUUGAAGAAGGCGGGGUAGCUCUGCUUUCAUCUUUGCUCGGUCCCUUUACUUCGUAUGCUGUGGGAUCAGAAGUUGUAGCAAUUCUGGUAAAUUUGGCUCUGAGUUCUGAAUCAAAAACAAUUUUGAUGCAACCUGCGAAAGUAUCCUCGGUGGUAGAUAUUCUGAAUGAGGGUUCUUUAGAAACAAAAUUCAACUGUGUUCGGUUGAUUGAGAUGUUGAUGGAGGAGAAAGAUUUCCGCGCAGAAAUUGUUUCAAGCCAUAGCUUGUUGGUGGCUUUGAUGAGAUUGGUGAGGGAUAAGAGACACCCUAAUGGACACUUGCCGGGGCUUGGCCUUCUCAAGUUGAUUAGCAUGCAUAAGCAAGUUCGAAGUUUGAUUGUGAGCAUUGGAGCAAUACCACAAUUGGUAGAAUUGAUACCUUCCCUGAAUCCAGACUGUGUGGAGGUAGCCCUCUUCAUAUUAAAUGUCCUUUCUUCGGAACCUGAAGGAAGCCAAGCUUUGAAGGAUUGUCCAAAUGCCAUUCCCAAUGUCGUUAAACUGCUGAUGAGAAUUUCUGAGAGCUCCACGGAAUGCGCACUUUCUAUCUUAUGGUCUGUAUGCAAGCUCUCCCCGGAUGAAUGCUCUUUGGUGGCUGUGGACGCAGGUCUCGCUGCAAAGCUUCUUCUUGUCAUCCAAAGCGGGUGCAGUCUCACACUCAAGCAGAGGGCAGCUGAGCUUCUGAAACUCUGCAGUUUGAAUUAUUCAGAUACAAUCUUCAUAUCCAAGUGCAAAUUGACCAGGACAAUCCAAUGAAUGUGGAUAACAGAUCAUCAUAGUAACCACAUUUUAUGGCAGCGCUAAUGGAGGCUAUUUGGUUGCUAUUUCCUCGACUAAGUCAGCAAAAAGCUUUCAGGCCCCCUUCUUCAAUCAUGCAUUGAUUCAGCAAAUGUCAAGAUUCUCAUGUUUGCUGGACAUUCAGGCAAGUGCUGGAAAGUGAAGAUGGUUGCGAAGCCCCAAGACUGAUGAUGAUCUUUAAAGAGCUACAAAUACAAGUGGCAAGUAACUUGUAUUCAGAUUGCACUGCUGCGAUCAUGGUACAUACUAGAUGGAGUUUGCAAUUGCAAUUGUAAGUGCUGAGUAGUUGCUUGCUUCACGAACGUUCUUAUUUCUGUGUUCUUAGCGAUUUGAGUCAUUCGAUUUUCUAUUGCUGUAUCAUUUUGGCACUUAGAGAGUAUAUAGUGUAGCGUAGCAUAAAGGUGCCAUUUGGUUCCCAUCCUUUUCAAUAUGUAUAUUUUUCAUUCAAAGAUUUUAUGUCAGUUAACUAUCCGCAACCCGUGCUGUUUUGUUCUUCACUGCACUCUUCCAUUGGCAAUGAUAGUUACACAACUGGUUCCAGACAAU